UGCGGGCAUGAAUUCAAAUCGAAUCGGAGCAGUUUAUUGGGGAUGAACUCAAAAAGUCGACACGCGUGAUACGGCGCUUUCCUGCAGAUUACCCUUUUUUUUCUCAACAACUUUUUUAUUCUUUUUCUUUCAUACUUCUUUUAUCAGAGCUCUCUAUUGACUAUGCCUUUCACUAGCGUCACACGCAGUCACGGUCUCAGCAUCAAUAGUCCCAGCAGCAAUACUAGUGCUUCUUCUUCGUCUUCUUCUCGCAAUGUGCUUCCGUUACAUCUGUUACAAAGUGCCAAACGACGGUGCACAGCGAUUCCCGUCAGUCCUACACACUUACCAGUUUAUCUACAGAACACACUCUAUGCUUCCUUGGUACGAGAGCAGCAGCAACAGCAACAGCAACAACAACAGCAGCGUCAGAUGCAAAGGCGACGCGCUAUAACAGAAGAUACUGCAAUAAUGGCGCACGAACGAAAAUUACCAGAUCUAUGUUUGCCAUCCAUAUGGAAUCGUCAUGAUAAGUCACGCCAUCUUGAGGUAGAGAAUGGUGGACUUGACCUCGUCUACACUGGUCCCGGAAAAACCGAAACACACGCAGCUUCGGUUCGUAGCAACUUCCCGAUAAGACGUCAAUGUGGUGUCUACUAUUAUGAAAUAAAAGUGCUAUCUAAAGGCGAAGACGGAUUCAUUGGUAUUGGCUUUUGCUCUGGAAAGAACGGAUUAGAUCGAUUACCAGGAUGGGAUAACGACUCAUGGGGAUAUCAUGGAGAUGAUGGUCACUCCUUUGAAGAGUCUGGCACAGGAAAGACAUAUGGGCCAAGGUUUACGACAGGCGAUGUGAUCGGAUGCGGAAUCAACAUGGCAGAUAAAACAGCAUUUUAUACCAAAAAUGGUACUUAUUUGGGUAUCGCAUUCCGCUCGCUCAAAACGUCAAUGCAUUUAUACCCUUGCGUUGGCUUACGGACUCCCGGGGAGCAUGUCACAGUUAACUUUGGACAGGACCCAUUUGUAUUUGAUAUUGUUCACUAUGUCAAGGAGCAAAAACGCGAAAUAUAUCAAAACCUAAAAGAACGAGAGGAGCUGGGGGAAGACAUGGGAAGCACGUUUGAUGCAGGGGAAACCAUGGAUCGCCUUGUUAUGUCCUACUUGGUGUACCAGGGAUACAUGGGCACCGCCAAAGCCGCAUUAAACAACAUCAAACAUGCUUCCGGACGGACACUUGAAUUGUCCCACAGCGGAACAGCCAAAGCGGACGAUAAAGAGGAGGAGGAUAUGUUCAAACGGCAAAGUAUCCGCAAGGCCAUAUUGCACGGUGAUAUUGAUAAGGCCAUUGAACUUGCACAAACCUACUUCCCAGAAUGCAUGGAUAGAGAAAAUCCCGUUGCGCACGAUAUCAUGUUUGAGUUGAAGACACAGAAAUUUGUUGAAAUGGUCUGUGAGUACAGUCAACAAGUCUGUGAGCAGCAGCAGCUGCGGUCUCCAUCAUUAAGCGGCAGCAGUGAUGACGAUCAAAUGGAUAUUGAUCAGCAAGAAUCAACGCGGAAAAAAAGGGGUCGACAGAGUAACACCAGCAGUAGCAGUCCCUACAACAGAAGGAAUAAUGGCUUUACGGAUAGUGGGCUUGUGCUAUCUGAUGAGGGAGCAACGAAUGACCGCGUUUUGAAGAAAAUCAUGGAUUAUGGCCAAGAACUCAGAUACGAAUAUCGUCAUAACUCUAGUCCCGAAGUAGAAUCAAGGUUAAGGGAGAUAUUCUCACUCCUUGCGUACUCAAAUCCUUCUGCGGGUAGAAUGGCGUACUUGGUGGAUAUAUCUAAACGAGAACAAUUGGCCACGAAACUCAAUUCGGUGAUGCUAACGUUACAGCAUCGUCCAGAAGAACCCCCGUUGGAAAGGAUUUACAGACAAGCUGUUGUUACAAAUCGGCAGUUGGCGUUGAUGGGUCAUGGCAAAUCCCUUUUAUUACCAGAUUUGAAAGAUCCUCAGUGGUUAUAGAGCAAUGAGACUCCAUUUAAAUGAGAACUGAAGUGUAUCGUACAGGGUUGUGGCUUUUAAGAGGGAAGAAAGGAAGCAAAAGGAAGAACAGUGGACCACUUCACCGAAUAUAUCACCAAUCUAUCAACCAACUACUCGUUUUUUAAUCAGAGACGGGUGCUAUUCUUAAUCCAUAAUUUGGCCUGGCGAUUACGCAAAAAUGAGGAAUAAUAUCGAUCAUUGUACAGCUAGUUAUUAUCGCUCCACUUACACUUAGUCACUUGGAAAUUGUAUAUAAUUAAAUAAAAUAUAUAAGCUGAUCCAAUCAUUGAUUGUAU